AUGAAGAAGAUUAAAGGAAAUAAUUGUGAUGGAGCCAAACCAAAAGAAAGACAUAUUGUGUCUUGGUCACAAGAGGAGGACGAUAUACUACGAGAGCAAAUUCGUAUUCAUGGAAUUGAUGACAAUUGGACUGUCAUAGCAUCAAACUUCAAGGAUAAAACAACUAGACAAUGCAAAAGAAGAUGGUUCACUUAUUUGAACUCUGAUUUCAAAAAAGGUGGAUGGUCACCCGAAGAAGAUAUGCUUUUAUGCGCGGCUCAAAAGAUUUUUGGAAACAGAUGGACUGAAAUUGCCAAAGUGGUAUCAGGCAGAACGGAUAAUGCUGUGAAGAACAGGUUCACUACAAUCUGCAAAAAGAAAGCAAAACAUGAAGCAAUGGCUGAAGAAAACAGGGUUACGUUUUCAAAUAAGCUCGAUACUGACAGAAUAUGUGAUGUUUCCGUUCCUAUUAAGAAGCUGAGGAGGAGCCAUACUAUAGAAAGCUCGGUUGAUGAUUGUCCGAAUAAUAAUCAACCGCUUAGACAUCCAUUUGCAGUGCUUGCUCAGAAUGUCAAUAACUUGAAAGACACAUAUGAAAAUGGAACGUUCCUUAAGAAGAAUGAUCGAAAGAUAAAUGUGUUGAUGCAACAAGAAGAAUUACUGAACUCACUGGCACUCAAAGUUGAUUCGAAAAACACUAACCAGAGUCUUGAAAAUGCUUGGAAGGUAGUCGAUGAUUUUCUUAAUCGGAUGAAGGAAGGUGAUAUGCUCAAGUUCCGGCAUACAGAGAUGAAUUCUGGACACAAUACUCAUAAGAAUCUGAUAACAAACUCAAGUAGUAACGAAAGGAACCGACCAUCUAAAAGGCAACUUGCUUUAUCUCAAGAGUCUGGUGGCAGUUCAGAGUACAAUACCGGAUCAACUCUGAUGUUGCAUGCAUUGAGUAAUAAAACAGAAGAAAGUCAAGUUAAGACGUGUGCGCAUGAUCAGGAGAUUCAAUCUGGUUUGCAAAAGUCUCAAAUAGGUGAUCAAACUGGAGUUCAAGAGUUGGAAAAUGGAAUUUUCUGUGAUCUUUCAUUCCCUCAUGAUACUCUGCCUGUUUGUGAUGAAAUGAAGGACAAUGAUGUAUCAGCAACAGCUGAAUGUGAAUAUCCUUCUCCUCUUCAAGUAACUCCGCAAUUCAGAUCAUUAGCUGAAGCAAUUCCCAGCCCAAAGUUUUCCGAAAGUGAGAGACAAUUCCUAUUGAAGACACUUGGAGUUGAGUCUACAUCUCCUCAUCGAACCACGAAACCUCCAUCUUGCAAAAGGGCACUCCUCCAAAGCCUAUGAUCAGUUUGCAUCCUU